UUUUAAUAUUCUAAAAGAAGCCAUCACGAUAACAUGAUAGGUAAUUUUAAGUGAUAAAAGUCCACGUAGAGGAACAAGACAAAAGGACAAAAGAAAGAAAAAGGACGAAAUCUAAAGAGAAAGAAAAUAAGUGAGAAGUCCAAGAAAAGGUAGUAUGAUCUUUCUCGGUCCGAUCCUCGAAACUCCCUCGAAGGCUCGAACCCUCUCUUUAUUUUUUACCACUAUAAAAGAAGGUCCGAUUCCUCGUCACUCUUAUUCCCACUUCCACACAUACACAUAUACAACAGAUCAAUAAGAGAGUCAAUCAAGUUAACUUGGAGUGAAGAUGGCAACUAAACAAGAAGCUUUAGCUAUCGAAUUCAUAAGCCAACACCUUCUCACAGACUUUGCUUCCAUGGAAACUGACCCAUCUCUUUUUACCAAUCAAGUUCACAACUUUCACUCAGAAACAAGCCCUAGAACCAUCAGCAACCAAUCCCCUAAACCGAACUCGACUCUUAACCAGCGUAAACCGCCCUUACCGAAUCUACCCGUCCCAAGAAUGGUCUCAACAAAGACAGAGAAAGAGGAGGAGGAAGAGAGGCACUACAGGGGAGUGAGACGAAGACCGUGGGGAAAAUACGCGGCGGAGAUUAGAGAUCCGAACAAAAAGGGUUCUAGGAUUUGGCUUGGAACUUACGACACAGCCGUGGAAGCUGCAAGAGCUUAUGACCAAGCAGCGUUUCAAUUGCGUGGAAGAAAAGCAAUCUUGAAUUUCCCUCUCGAUAUUAGGGCAACGUCCGAAACUUGUUUUGAGGAAGGGGCCGUCGGAUUAGGGCAACGAAAGCGGGUUAAGAGUUCUCCGCCAGAAGAGGAGAAGGAGAAGGUUAGGGUUAAAGUGGAGGAAGAAGAGAGCAAUACGUCGGAGACGACGGAGGCUGAGGUUGAGGCGGUACCAUUGACGCCGUCAAGUUGGAUGGGGUUUUGGGAUGUAGGAGCAGGAGAUGGGAUCUUCAGUAUUCCUCCGUUAUCUCCGACGUCUCCCAACUUCUCCGUUAUCUCCGUCACUUGAACUUCGGAAAAGUCAACGGGCGAUGACGUUUUCACUUGCGUCACUCUCAUGAUUUCAUUUAUUCUUGUAUAAUAUAAAGAUAGCGGUAGUGUGCAAAUAUCAAAUAAGUAGUUUAAUUAGUACCAAUCAUUUUAUUCAUUAAUUUUCUUAGAAGAAUAUUUGGAUGUUGAAAAUAUGAACUGAAUUUGGUAUUCGUUGAUGUUAUAAAUUUAUUGAUUGUAUAAACAUUCAUAGUCAU